GUGCUUUGUUCUUGGUGCAAGUCAUCUGAUUUCAUGUAUGAUAGAAGUUUGGAGAGGAUCACCUGAUCAGAAGCGAGAGGAAUAGGUCACGAUUUGCAGGGAAAUGAGGCUGUCAAUUUCACGCGGAUUGAAACUCAUUGCAGUCUGUGCGCUGCUUCUGAUUAUUCUGUGUGGAUACUUGACUUUUUAUGAUGUCAACUUUUUUGGCCCAGUGAAGAUGUCGUGCAGGGAUCGAGGCAAGGAGAUUAAAAACAGACUCAGUGAACAAGUGAAGAAGCAGAAAACUGCUUUGCGUGAUGUGAAUAAGGAGAUACGUAAACUGAAGUCUGAACUUGCUGUUGCGUCCAAACAUCUUCAGUCAUUGAUUGCCAAUUCUUCUUGCCAGCUGUCAUCAUCGUCUAGUACAGUUGGUAGUGUGGAACAACAAACGUGCAAUGUCACCUCUUUUCAAUCUCAACUGUUGAUUGAUGGUCAAAUCUUAAGAAAUGAGAAGCAACCUGUAUUCAGCAAGCAGCAGGUGCCUGGCAAAGAGUUUCCUUCGACACGUAGUAAUCAUGAACUUGAGGCGAUACGUUGGGAGAGCUUUACUCUAGAACAUGUUUAUCACAUUGAGAAUGUACUUUUUCCCCAACCAAUGGAGCUUUUUGAAGGAGCAUGGAAGGAGGAACUUUCACUUGUUUUAGAUUUUAGUGUGAAUAUUCUAAACAAGGAAAUACGUAAUAAAACACGAAAGUUCUUGCUCAGUGACUUUGUGGAAGGCUACCGCUUUUGUGACAAAUCAAGAGGAGUCUUCUAUGACUUGUACUUCAGGUCUGUUGACCAAGCUAAGCGUCUCAGAUAUCUGAGGCUUUCCCGUCUGUUUGCUCCCUUACAAAGAAUUUUGAAGGAUGCAAGAUUAGUUGAUCACAGCAAAACAACGAUUAACGUGAUAUUGCCUCUGCAAGAAAAACUACAGGCAUUUAAACAAUUCCUUCAAAUGUUUCAUUUGUUUAGCUUAAACCAGGAGGUGAGCCUCUUUUUAACAGUUGUAUACUUUGGUGAAAACGGUCUCAAAGAUGCUAAAAAGGUACUGACCUUUAUGGCCAGUUCAGUCAAAUAUCAACAAUUUCAGUUUUUGUCUCUUAAAAGUGAAACGUUUUCACGCAAGCGUGCUAUGCAACAUGCAGUUGAAAAAUGGGAUGGCGGAAAUGCUAUCAUGCUGUUUGCUGAUUUAGAGGUCGUCUUCGACAUCAGCUUUAUUCACAGGUGUCAAAUGAACACAAUUGCAGGAAAACGAGUCUACUUUCCAAUUGUCUUCGGACUGUACAAUCCUAAUGUCGUGUAUGUAGACAAGAUGAUACCUGGAAAAUAUCGACAACUAGUACACACAGUACAAACAGGAUCUUGGAGGAUUGACAGCUACAGAAUCGUCUGUCAGUAUCGAGAUGACUUUAUAAAAGUCAAUCAAGCAUUCACUUCUGAAUGGGGACAAGAAGGUGUGGGCUUAUUUUGGAGAUACAGAUGUUCGGGUUUUCAAGUGAUGAGAGUGUGUGAUAGAGCAUUAUUUUAUUGGUUUCAAGAGCAUGUGUGUGAUGUUGGGCAAUCUGUGGAUGAGUAUAGAGACUGUAUUGAAAAGAAAGCUCUGGUCGAGGUUUCUCAUCGUCAAAUAGGGCUGCUUGCAUUCCAGUCUAAUGGAACGAUUAGGAGAUGAAUAGGAAUCGUAAUGAUUAGAGAAGACAGGAAUUAGAGGACGCCGAUCUUUGCCAGGAAGAAAGGAGAUAUUUGAUAGAAUAGAGACAGAAAGACUAUUCAAAUUUUAGUGACUAUCAGGGGAAAGGAUAUUACAGAGACAAUAAUAUUUCACGCCGUUUGUAUACAUAUUGUUGACUGUGUUAGUUUUUUUGCAGUAACAUAACAUGACAUACUGUAGUCUC